AUGCUAAUUGAACUAGAAAAGGCUGCUGAAGACAAUCCUAAUUCGUUCUGGAAAACUUUCCGAAACGCUUCCGAUGAAAUAAACAAUGCCAAUUCCGACAACACCCCAAAAGGGGAUGAUUGGUUCAAUCAUUUUUCCAAAUUGCACUGCAAGCACAAACUAACUAAAGAACAUGAAAAAAUCGUUGAAAAUCUUCAAAACCAAGAGAAACUUCGAGAUCAACAUAAUACACUUGACACAGAAAUAACUGAACAAGAAAUAAUAAAAACAGCAAUGAAAUUAAAAUUGAAAAAAGCUGCAUACUCAGACAAAAUAAAAAAUGAAAUGAUUAAGUCUAGUGCAGAUAUUCUAACACAAGGAUUUGUUAAACUAUUCAACAUAAUUUUAAAUUCUGGAAAGUUUCCGGAAUUAUGGUGUGAAGGUCUUAUUACCUCAAUCUAUAAAUCAGGUAAUAAAUUAGAUCCAAAUAACUACAGAGGAAUCUGUGUGUCAAGUUCUCUAGGAAAAUUUUUCUGUCUAACUCUAAAUGAUAGACUAAUGAACUAUACGGAGCAAGAAAAGAUGAUUCAUCACUCGCAAAUAGGCUUUAUGCCUGGCAAUCGAACAGCCGAUCACAUAUUAACGUUAAAAACGAUUCACGACAAAUACGUAAAACAACACAGUAAUGAAAAAAUAUAUGCUUGCUUCGUGGACUUCAAAAAAGCGUUUGAUUCUAUCUGGCAUGAUGGCCUUUUCUUAAAACUACUAGAAAACAAAAUAGGAGGACGAUUCUACGAUCUGAUAAAAGAUCUGUACACUAACACUAGGUGUGCAGUGAAGAUAUCAGAUCGUAGAACGUCCUUCUUCCCUUACCGCAAGGGAGUUCGUCAGGGUUGUGUUUUAAGUCCAUUACUAUUCAACUUAUAUAUUAAUGAACUACCAAAAUUAUUCGAAGAAACAAUUUCUGAUCCCUUCAUACUACCAAAUAGCACUACAAUAAGCAGCCUUCUCUAUGCUGAUGAUUUAGUAAUAUUGUCACGAUCAAAAACCGGUCUCCAAAACUGCCUAGAUACGCUUCACAACUGGAGCGAAAAAUGGCUAUUGGAAGUCAACCUCAAAAAAACGAAAGUCAUGAUUCUGCAAAAACAUAAAUCUAAACCAAAAAACAUUCAAUUUAACAUUGGAAAAAAUCCAAUCUCCAUGACUAAUGAAUAUACGUACUUAGGUUUAAAAUUAACGCCCAACACAAAAUUUGAUAUUGCCAGCCAACAACUUAGCGAAAAAGCAAUACAUGCUCUGUACAAAAUACGCAAACAGAUUGAUUUGCACCAACUACCACCAAAACUAGCUUGCAAAAUCUUCGACAGUGUAAUCUCUCCAAUAUUACUAUAUAACUCCGAG